CCAGAGUAAUUAUAUUGAAGUGCUGGAGCCGUUAACAUUUAUGCACCUUGUAUCCCUUCAUUACUUAGAUCUUCAGUCGAAUCACAUAUCAUCGCUGCCGAAGGGAGUUUUCAAUGGUCUUGGAAAUUUAGAUUCAUUACAUCUGGGUAUUAACAAGAUUGCAUCCAUUAGGAAUUCAACAUUUGUCAGCUUGAUGAAUCUGACUUACCUAGACCUAAGUGGAAACCCUUUAGUCCUGAUUGACGCCCAUGCUUUCAAAGGAUUGUCACACUUAGAAAUACUGAUAAUAUCCGAGACACAGGUAGUCAACGUAGGCGAAGAUGCUGCUUAUGGAAUGGACAACUUACUUGAAUUGACGGCAGAUGACCCCAAACUUUGUUGCCUGUUCAAGCCAUCUGGGGAAUGCAACACACCACCGAAUCCUUUCGCUACCUGCGAAGGGUUGUUACGCAACACCUUGUUAAGAAUCUGCAUCUGGCUCAUUGGUAUCAGUGCUCUGGUGGGGAAUGUUCUAGUGAUUGCCUGGCGUACCUACAAACGCAAACUUGACCGGAGUGAAAACUCAGUGCAGAUGAGUUUCAUCACCAACUUGGCGAUUGCUGACUUACUUAUGGGCGUGUACAUGGUAUUUAUCGGCAGCGCAGAUGCCUAUUUCGGUGCGGACUACUAUCUGCACUCGGCGUCAUGGCGCAAAAGCUUUGCGUGUAAGUUGGCAGGUUUCGUUGCCAUGGUUUCCAGUGAAGCGUCUGUUCUUGUUCUGGUUCUGAUUAGCCUGGAUCGUUUCAUCUGCAUCGUGUUUCCGUUCGGGGUAUUCCGUUUCCGGACCCGCUCUUCUCGGGUUGCCCUAUGCUUGGCAUGGUUCCUUGCUAUUCUCCUUGCCGUCAUUCCAGUCAUCAUUGGCGAUCGCAUCACAGGUUUCUAUGGUUACUCAGAUGUUUGCAUUGGCUUGCCACUCGUUACCCCGGCAACUGGCUUUCAGGGCGUCUGGGUUGAGUCCGGCAACGGGGACACCUUUGAACACCAUUUUGUCGCGACUGGGAAUUCAGGCUGGGCGUAUUCCACCGCAGUCUUCAUUGGUCUCAACCUGAUGUGUUUUGUAGCAGUCUUUGUGUUCUAUGUGGCCAUUUUUGUCUACGUUCGUAAGGCAGCAGCAUCGUCCGGACGUAAAACAGAGCGGAAGGAUGAAGUAAGGAUGGCUAUGAAAAUGGCAAUCAUCGUUGGGACCGAUUUCCUUUGCUGGAUGCCCGUGAUCAUCAUGGGUAUCUUAUCCCAGAGUGGUUCAGCCGUUAUCCCCGUUGUGACGUACGUCUGGACCAUUGUCUUCAUCCUCCCGAUCAAUUCCUCACUCAACCCAUACCUCUACACCAUCUCCACCAUGAUCCAGAAGGGCGGGUCCCGGAAACCGAUCACCAGUGGAACGCAUCGCUUCUCCGCCUCGUCGUAUCGCACAAGCCUUUCAGGGAGUACUAGUCCAGCGCAGGAAAGUUUGAAGAUCACGAUGCAGGAACAGUGAUGGAGUUCUAUGAAACCGCAGCCACACCAACUAAUCAGACUACAGUUUGGCCAAUGGUAUUGUUUCAAGCAAAACAUCAUAGCCUUGAUUGGUCUUGAGUUGGUCUGAACGAUUAGAAUGUAACAAACUUUCACAUUAGGCUUCUAAAGUUGCAUAAACGGUUCUACCUCUCUUUGGUACUUUGUGGAUUAGACCUCACUAAAAUUUCUCUCAGUGAAUCAAAUGACUCUGUAUCAAUCAUAUACGUGUUGGCUAUGUAUCUAUAUUAUGUAUUCUUCAUUGUACUUAUAUGCAGGAGAAAGAAAUUGUAAUACAUGUUUGAAUCAUGAAAAACAUACAUAGUAAUUAAGGAAAUGUCAGUACUUCAAAAUAUUACCAUAUGGCAUUCUAGGAAUUCCUUAUCCAUUUUUAAUACAAUGGUUCAAUCAAUUUGGUUUUGUAUAUGAAUGAAUGGCUAUAAUUAUCUUUCUAUUUAUGAUUCGGUUUCUCCCUCAUAUCCCCUUUCUCCAUCUCUCCCUCCUCUCCAUCCGACCCUCUAUCCUUUCUUUACCUCCCUUCCUCUCCCUCUCUCACCCACAUCUACACUCGUCCUUUACCUUUUAUGUCACUUUCUUUCUCUCUCUCUCUUUCCCCUCACUCUCUCACCCACAUCUACACUCGUCCUUUACCUUUUAUGUCACUUUGUUUCUUUCUCAUCCUUAUCUUUGAUGAAAAUAUAUCACAAUUAGUCCUGAAGCCCUUGUUCAAGUAGUAUAAUAAUCCAUAUGAGUGUCAACAUAUUUUUACUUUCUUAUACUACAUGUAGGUUGUGCAAAUGUCUCGACUAUUUAUAGAGGUACGUUCUAAUGAGUCGUGGAAGUUGUUAUAUGUAAAUAUUGGAAAUGUAUAAAUCUUGAACCAUA